AUGGUGAUGGUUUUAUCUUGGUGCAUCACCUUGAAUACAAAGUGGCAGAUGAUACAACUCCAUAAAUGCAUGCUCGGCGUUCGGUUUGAUCACUACUAUGAGCUGGGGCGGCAUGCCUUUGGGCCGAAGCUGGGGUCAUGGAUAGUGUUGUCACAACAGCUGAUAGUUCAGGUUGGCGGUGACAUUGUGUACAUGGUCACUAGGGGGGAAGUGUCUGAAAAAGUUCUUGGAAAUGGCACUUACUCAACCAUGGCAUGGGUGGGCUGCUUGAGUAGGGGUCGGGUUGAAAACGUGAGCUACGCAUACAAGGAAAGCAGUGGAGCUGACUACAUGUUUCGCGUAUUCAACGCCUUGGGUCAGAUUUCAUCUGCAUAUGCAGGCCAUGCUGUUGUCCUGGAAAUUCAGGCCACCAUUCCCUCCACUCCUAAGAAGCCCUCAAAAGUGGCAAUGUGA